AUGAAGAACAUCCCAGUCUACAAAGCUCAGACACCCUUGGUGUCAUUUUUCCGCCUGGGUUCUUUGUCAGUGUCUAAAUCUCAGCUGAUGAACACUUUGCUCAACGAUCGUCACAGCACCUUCUUCCACAGAAACUGCUUAGGAAGCACCAAGUCUCGCCAUCUGAUGGAUGGUGUGGCAGAGAUUGCCUGGUACUGUCCUGCUGGAAAACCCAAUGAUGCCUUCAAUGACUGCAUUGCCUUUUAUUUGCUAUUGAGAAAACGGGCUGAGCUCGAAGGCAUCUCCAAAAAACUGCAGUCUGCAUCUUUUGGCUUGGAGCACAUCUUCAGGGAAAUGGGACAGCUCUAUGAAGCCCAUAGAGAAAUACAGCAGGAGAGAAACAACACUGACUGGUCUAAAUAUCCUGAGCUGGCUGCACAGUUGAUGAUAUCAGGAUAUCCAAUGGAGCUGAUGGAUGGAGAUGCAGGUCACGUGCCUUUAACGUGGAUCUCCAGUCUUUUAGAGGAAGUCAUCAAGAAACUGGGUGACCAGAGAGUUUUUGUGUUGUCAGUUUUAGGCCUACAAAGCAGUGGAAAAUCAACAAUGCUGAACACCAUGUUUGGUUUGCAGUUUGCAGUAAGUGCUGGCAGGUGCACCAAAGGUGCCUUUAUGCAACUGCUCAAAAUAUCAGAGGAGAUGCAGAAAGACUUUCAGACCGACUAUGUUCUAGUGGUGGACACUGAAGGACUCUGUGCUCUUGAGUUGGAAGGUAAUGCCACUCCUCACCAUGACAAUGAACUGGCAACAUUUGUUGUUGGUCUGGGAAACUUGACAUUGAUCAACAUCUUUGGAGAGAAUCCAUCUGAGAUGCAGGACAUUCUGCAGAUUGUUGUUCAGGCUUUCAUGAGGAUGAAGAAAGUUCAUCUUUCUCCCAGUUGUGUGUUUGUUCACCAGAAUGUUACAGAUGUGGCAGCAGCAGAGAAAAACAUGGAUGGAAAGAGACGCCUGCAGGAAAAACUGGACCAGAUGACCAAGCUAGCAGCUGAAGAGGAGGUUUGCGAUGCAGAGUGCUUCAGUGAUGUCAUUGAAUUUGAUGUGCAAAAAGAUGUGAAAUACUGUGCCCAGCUAUGGGAGGGCAGUCCACCCAUGGCUCCUCCAAAUCCAGGUUACAGUGAGAGCAUCCAAGAACUAAAGGACGUCAUCCUGUCUAAAGCUUCAAAGUCUGCUGGAAUCACACUCUCUCAGUUCAAGACCAAAGUUGAGGACCUGUGGAAUGCCCUUCUGAAUGAAAGCUUUGUUUUCAGUUUUAAAAACACACUUGAAAUCGCAGUAUACAGAAAACUUGAGGUUCAGUAUGGGAACUGGACCUGGGCCCUUAGAAGCAAGAUGUUGACCACUGAAGAACAGCUUCAUAACAGAAUUGAAAAUGGUGAUCUUGACAAGGUUGAGAAGAAGUAUCUUUUGGAGGAAACAAGCAAAACAUUUAAAGAAAUUAGGAAAGCGAUAAAAACAUACUUUGAGAGUGACAAGGAUAAAGAAAUGUUGACUCAGUGGAGAGGACGAUUUGAAAUCAAAAUCAGUGAGUUUUAUGAUGAGCAGGUGAGCAGAUUAAAAACAAAACUUGAUGGAGUUAUCCUCCAGAAGAAAGCAUGUAAACAGUUGGAUGAUGAUAAGACAGGCUUUGAGAACAAGCUGCUACAGAAGAGCAAAGAGCUCGCUCAGCAACUGAAGGAUAAAGUCAGAGAUGAAGAAGAGCUUAACAAACAGUUCAACUCUGUUUGGAGCGGCUGGAUUACUGAAUUAACAGCAGAUACUAAAACAGUUGUAGACGUCAACUUGGAAGAAGAUUAUUGUACUAUUCUUCAAGAACUCGGUUUUGAACUGGCUUUUGUAGAUGAAUCAAAAAGACGUGGGAGAUACAAGAAAAUAUCUGAGAUUGGUGAUUAUUCAGACUACCUGAAGACAAGUGGACCAAAAUUUCUGGGGACUGUGAGCAGAGACUUGGCUUCUCGAGUCCCAUAA